AUGUCUGCAGAUCAGAGCUCUAAGGUCCCUGUUCAUGGUAAAUGUGAUCCACAAUUCGAGCCUCUUCGUCAAAUCUUUGAAAAACAUCUCUCAAGCGGGCACGAAAACGGUGGCUCUAUUCACGUGAGCAUUGCUGGAAAGUCCGUUGUCGACCUCUGGGGAGGCUAUAAGGAUGAAAAGAGAACCAAGCCGUGGACUGAGGACACCAUCGGGCCCAUCUGGUCAACAACCAAGACAGUGACUGCUUUAGCCGUAUUAUUGCUGGUUGAUCGCGGUCUCUUAGAUGUUGACGCACCUGUCACCAAGUAUUGGCCCGAAUUUGCCGGUGAUGGCCGGAAUGAUGUUCUUGUUCGUCAUCUGCUGAGCCAUACAUCCGGCUUUCCAGGGUGGCCUACGCAUCUCGAGACUGAAGAGCUGUACGAUAUUCCCGCUGCAGCAGAUAAACUCGUUAACCAAUCUCCUUGGUGGAAACCAGGCUCACAAUUUGGCUAUGAGACUUUUACCUUCGGAUAUAUUCUUGACGGACUUGUGCGCCGUGUAUCAGGAAAACCCCUGAUACAGCUUAUACGGGAAGAGCUUGCUGUUCCUCGAGAGGCGGAUUUUUACCUUGGGGUUCCAGAGUCCGAAUGGGGGCGGAUUGCGGAACUAACGCCACCCCCACCAUUGAAAAAAGAACUCCUUAAUCCAGAAGGCAUGUUUAUGCGCGUUAUUAUGAGUGGCUCUCCCGAUGUUCAGGAGCCAGCCACGCCAGGCUUUCGUCUAGCUGGGAUGGGUGCCGCGGGUGGAUUCAGCAAUGCCCGUGCUCUCAAUCGAAUUUUGUCAAUUGUGUCUUUAAAUGGGACAGUUGAUGGUCAACAAUUUCUAUCGCCAUCUACAAUUGAUCAAAUUUUCCGGGUACAAGCAAAUGGUCUGGAUGUGGUCACCAAUCGGCCAGUUCGGUUCGGUAUCGGGUUUGGAUUGCCCAUGCCGGAGGCUGAGGGAACUGAAAUUGAAUGGAUGCUAGAUGGGCGGGUUUGCUACUGGACUGGCUGGGGUGGUUCUAUCGGAAUGAUGGAUCUUGAUAACCAAAUGACCAUCACAUACACUAUGAAUCGCAUGGGCGCGGGUUUUGGAGCUACGGACCGUACGGCGGAUUAUGUUACGACGAUCUAUGAAUGCUUGAAAAUAUCAAGAGCAUCCCGAAUAUGA